UGGGGCUGUGUUUCCCUGUCGGUUUUCUCUUUCCUUUCUGUCUCAUCUUGGGACAGAGGCUCUUUCCAGAGGAAGCUUGGGCCUUGGAUUUUAACGUCAAUGAUGGAAAAAUAUGAGAAUGUCUCCUGGAUCCCCCAGCAGGAACUGGAAGAUCCAUUCAAGAAAUACCUGAACAGCACAGAGGACUACCUGACCUUUGUCUGUGGGCCUCAGCGCAGCCACCUCUUCCUCCCGGUGACGGUGGUGUACACCCUGAUUUUUGUGGUUGGGGUCGCUGGCAAUCUCCUGGUGUGCCUGGUGAUUCUCCGGCACCAGACUAUGAAGACACCCACCAACUACUACCUCUUCAGCUUGGCUAUCUCGGACCUCCUGGUCCUGCUCCUCGGGAUGCCCCUGGAAGUCUAUGAGAUGUGGCGUAACUACCCCUUCCUGUUUGGGCCCGUGGGCUGCUACUUCAAGACGGCCCUCUUUGAGACUGUGUGCUUCGCCUCCAUCCUCAGCGUCACCACGGUCAGCGUGGAGCGCUACGUGGCCAUCCUCCACCCUUUCCGCGCCAAGCUGGAGUGCACCCGGAGGAGGGCCCUCAGGGUCCUGGGCAUCAUCUGGGUCUUCUCCGUUCUCUUCUCUCUGCCCAACACCAGCCUCCAUGGCAUCAAGCUCCACUACUUCCCCAACGGGUCUUUGGUCCCGGGCUCUGCCACCUGCGCGGUCAUCAAGCCCAUGUGGAUCUAUAAUUUCAUUAUCCAGGCCACCUCCUUCCUCUUCUACAUCCUCCCCAUGACUGUCAUCAGUGUCCUCUACUACCUCAUGGGGCUCAGACUAAAGAAAGACCAAACCCUUGAGGCAGACAAAAUAACUACAAAUAUUCAAAGACCCUACAGAAAAUCAGUGACCAAAAUGCUAUUUGUCUUGGUCUUAGUGUUUGCUAUCUGUUGGACCCCAUUCCACACUGAGCGGCUCUUCUUCAGCUUUGUGGAGGAGUGGACUGAACCCCUGGCUGCUGUGUUCAAUCUCAUCCACGUGGUGUCAGGUGUCUUCUUCUAUCUGAGCUCCGCUGUCAACCCCAUUAUCUAUAACCUACUAUCUCGCCGCUUCCGAGCAGCGUUCCAGAGUGUGAUCUCUCCUUCCUGCAAACAGUGGCACCCACAGCAUCACCCACAAGGGCCACCUGUCCAGCGGAACAUCUUCCUGACGGAAUGUCACCUUAUGGAGCUGACUGAAGAGGCGGGCCCCCACUUCCCCUGUCAGCUGUCCAUCAGCAGCUCUCACCUCCACACAGCGCACUAUACAGGACAGACAACAUAAAAGGAACUCUCAUUCCUCUCUGCCUCCACAGUUAUGGAAGGGUCAGCCCAUAACUUAUGCCUUGUUAUAUGAUAAGGGGGAGGAAAAUGGCUCUCCGAACUUAUAUAUCCAUUUCUAGGUGUGUUUUUAAACAAAUGUGAAAAUCGCUACUUAAACCUGGAUCUAAAACCCACAACCACCUGACAGUGGAGCCCCUUCACUAGUUGAUGAAGAGAACAUGACUAGCAAAGAGAACAUGACUAGCUAUACUCUGAGUAUUUUCCACUCUUGCAAAUGGUUUUUCCUGAGUCAUCCUCACUCUGAGUCAGGCUGUGGUUACUCUAACAACUAAUGGUCCCUGUCAGCCACACAAGGAAGACAUGUAGAUAUGGUUUUCCUUCCCAUGAUUUGAAGGGUCCAUGCCAGAGUUCCUCCACAGCAAACUAUUUACCCUACUGCCUCAUAUUCUG